AUGGCAGCUACACUCGCUCUGGCAGAUGCAGAAGUCCUGGUGUUGGAUGUCGUGGUAGCUGCGCACGUGGCACGUAUUCCUUCUGGUGAGUGGAUUGUGGAUCCCACUUCUGAGCAGAUUGUUAGUGGUACUUCAGAGUGCACGUUAGCCUUGAUGCCAAAUCAAAAUCAGAUAGUUUGCUGUGAUAUACGAGGGGGCCACCUAACAAGUUCACAAAUAGACGAGUUCAUUACGUUCGCUACGGACAAAGCAAUGAAGCUUUAUCCGGUGUUGCGGAAAGCUUUACUGAAUACGCUGUCUGUAGAGGAUGCAAGUAGUUGUUAA